AUGAAUGAUUACCAACUUUCUGAUCUCAGUACCUCUGAUCUGUCUCAGUUUUUUCCAUCAGAUUAUGAUACCUUCCUGGCCGAUGACUUCGACGCAAACGACUAUGCAAGCUCUAUUUUGCAAGAUUCGGAAGAUGCAGCAACUGAUGUAGCCGAUAUCGGAAUGGAAUUGUCAAAGUUAGCAUUUAGCAUUGACAUUGUGAAUAAACAAAUCCAAGAGCAUGUUAUUGCAAAUUAUGAUACGCUUGUAAAGCAAGUUACUGGCAUCAAGGAGUUAGAAGAUGAACUCAAUACGGUCGAGACAAAUAUUAUGGACUUGAAAAACUCAUUACAGUCUCUCUCCUACAAAAUAAAGGAACCCUAUAAACAACUUGUCACUUUCGCAACACAGCUUAGCAACCUGCAAAUUACUUGUGAACUAUUACGAAAAAUCCAUCGUUUUGUUGUGUUAAAGAAGAGACUUGAAGCUCAACUGUCAUCAAAAAGUAAUACUGGAGAUCGGGAUAUUAUCACAGCAGCACUGACGCUUUCAAAAUUGAGUAAUGUAAUGGAAGAAACUGAUUUCGAAGGGAUAGAUAUUGUUUCGUGCGAACUAGAUUUUAUAAAACAAUCACGAAAACAUGUAGAAGAAGAAGCAGCUACUUUAUUAAAAGAAGGCAUAGAAACUCAAAACCAAACGAAAAUGGCGAUUGGAUUACAAGUGUUUUAUAAUAUGAAGCAGAUGAGCGCCCAUAUAGAAGCAAUUGUGCAUAGGAUGUUGGAUUCUUUGUUGCAAAAUAUUAAAAAGGUGGUUGAUUUACAAUCCAUACAAAAUGAGGCAAGAUCAGCCAGCCGCGGUGAUAAUGCCGCCUCACCUUCUGUAGGACGAAAAUCUGUCAACGAACCAGUUACAGGCGGCGGACUAAAUCAUAAGCAACUAGCAGCUGCUCUUUGGAAACGUAUGGAAUUGUUAAUGAAAACUAUGAGUGAUGAGUGUAUAAAGGUUUACAGUCUAGAAAAGGUGUUGGAACUUAAAAAAGAUCCAAUGACGCACAUAUCAUUUUUAGAAGAGAUAUCAAAGACACUCGACGCAACCAGUUUAGUGAACUAUUUUUGGAGAAUAUUAUCGCAGAAUUUUGAAAGAGAAUUGAAGAAUGCUACUAGAUCAUCUAGUUUCUUGCAAAAUAUUUUUGUUGAUGACUAUCCCAAACUUUUGAAACUGUUGCAAGAAUUCUUCUCCAGAGUUGCGUUACAUAAUGGUACUUUAUUGACAGAUUAUUCUCAGACACCUGAGUAUGUGAUUAUGCUUCGAAGUUUUUCAACCUUUCAAAACAGCUUUUUGGCAAAAUCAUUACAGCGUAUGCAAGAAUCAGUUAAUUCUGCAUUUUCAACUUUUGGUGGUCUAACACGAUCGCCACCAGAUAAAAGCCAUAUGCUGAAUAUUAUAAGGAUUAUUGGAAGCGAAUUAGAGACUUCCUCAUUUGAGCCCAAUCUUGUUCAAACUGUAGCCAAAAAUAGCGUCAAAAGUAUCACUUUGUUUUGCAAUAAAUGCGAAAAAAGGAUCCCAACGAACCAACAAUCAAUAUAUACAGCAAAUCCAUCAAAUUCAUCCGUAAUUAACUUCCUGAACAUGCAUUUAGAAAUUGUAAAUAGCUUAUAUUACAUGCAUCAGUCAAUUUGGAAAAUUUUGGAAGAAUAUCCUGAUAAGAUUAUCAGUAUUAUGAAGCCAGGAGCUGAUAAUUGUCACGAUUUAAUGAUGAAAAUAGGGAACAAACUUAUUGAAUUGAUAAAAAAAGAUUCAACAAGUAUAAUUAUGAAAAUUCAUCAAGAAAACUUUGCGAAACUAUCGGGAACAUCAGAUUCGAGUAGUAAUUAUAUCAAAGAACUAACAAAGCAUGUCCGCUAUUACCAUUCUACCAUAAUCCAAAAUUUCUCCUGCGGCGCACAACCGAAAGUUUGGGUUAAGCAAAUAAGUAAACAUAUCCUAAUCACAUUCAUAUCUGAGGCAACGAAGCUUACUAGUUCAUUGAAAGAUUCCGGGAAGUUGAAGCUCUCAGAAGACAUGGCAGAGUUGGAAUUUACAAUUAGUCAGUUCUUGAGUGAGUAUGGCUCAAGAAUUGAAGAAGUGGGUGACGAGUAUAAAGCUCUGAGGGCUGAUCUAUUCAACAAAAUUUUUGAUACAUCGAGUCAAUAA